AUGCCGCAAGAAGCGUCGCCUCUUCUCAAGGGGACAAGCGAGUCGACAAUGACCGUGAAGGCAGUAGUGAUGAGUCCCAAGGCGUACACUUCGAGACCCCUCAUGGCCAAAGCCGCCCCCAACAACAACUCAUCCGAGACUGGGUCGACGUCCAAAGGCAACGCUACCGUCGAUUUAAACAGAGCCCCUUCCAAAAUUACUGUGUCCCCAGACUCCGCUUUAGAUCGAUCAUCCCCAUUGCCCUUGUCAUCCUAUACAACCUCGUCAGCCUCGGGCGAUACCCCCUCUGCCCACGUUGUUCAAUUCACAGAAUCUGAAGACAUCCUCGAACCCGGCAUCCUUCAUUUCACAUUUGAGAUCGUGGUGGCUGUGACCGGUGGUUACCUCGGCGCGCGAAGAACCUUGAGCCAGGCUGGGCGUGCGAUUCUCAGUUGGUCAGCGAACAGGGGUCUGGAAGAGCAGUGGGAGAGGUGGAAGGUAGAUAUGUCUUUUUGGGUCUGGAUGGCGGCAGCGGAUACUGGUGGACUUCCCUAUGAGAUAGUUGCGAAAUGGCUGGACGAGGACCCGGUUGCGAAAGAGUACCAAUACGACAACCUGCUGGAUGUUGUGGAACAUAUCCAGGAAGCUUAG